ACAAUGUCAAUAAGUUCUUAUUUUCACUUGCAAAAAUGAUCCCUAUCUUGUUGCUGUGCUUGUGUACUAUUGCAACCCAAAACUACCAAGUAUAUGGAUGGUUUCCAAAUUUAUCCAAAAAUGAAGAUUUGGAGUUGGAGAAACAAUUGAAAAUCAUCAACAAGCCUCCUAUCAAAACUAUUCAAACAAAUUAUGGAAGAAUUGUUGAUUGUAUUGAUAUUUACAAGCAGUUAGCAUUUGACAAUCCUUUACUAAAGAAUCAUAAAAUACAGCUCAAACCUAGUUUUGAAGAUACACUGGUGCAAAUUCAAACAAAUGAUUCAUUUAGAUAUUUUAAUAUUGGACUUGAGAAUGAUUCGUGCCCCAAAGGAUCUGUUCCUGUUCAGAGGACAACUAAAGAAGAUCUUGUUCGAGCAAGUCAACUACCAAAUAAUUUUGGUAUCUUCACUAAAAACGAGCCCGGCGCUCAUGUAUGUUGUUUAUAUAAAUUCAUUGUUGAUUAAUGAUACCUUCGAUAAAUAACAUUUUAUCAAUCUUUUUUA